GUGAUCGACAUUUUUUUUCGAAGCCCAGAGCUUAUGUUCAAAAUAUCUCAGUAACAUGGACAUUUUCGAUGGUUAUUAUUAUAAAAGUUGUAAAAGGUUUAUGUCAUUAUGUGGAUUGUGGCCUGAACAAAAUAACAAAAGUCGAUAUUUAAGGUUGAUUGUUUUCGUAAUCUUUAAUGCUUCAUUGGCGGUGCCACAGCUCAUUCUUUUAAUUCAACAGUUCGGAAAAGAUAUGGCAAUAACUUUUGAAAAUUCAGUUUCAGUUAUGUUUGCUUUAGGUGUAUUUGCGAAAUAUCUAGUUGCUUUUGUAAAUAAAAAGCGGCUUAGCUCACUGCUGGUGACCAUAGCCAAAGAUUGGCAAACGGUGACAGAUCGUAAGGAACGUGAAAUAUUAACUAAAAAUACUGCACAAGGUCGACUUUUACUAAUUAUCUAUACAUAUUAUAUACAUGGCGCAUGGGUAUUGUACACCCUCAUGCCCUUUCUACCCUUAGCAUUGGACUAUAUGCUACCUUUAAAUGACUCGCGCCCAGUAUUAAUGCCAUUUUAUGCAAAUUAUUUGUUCUUUGAACAAAGCGAUUAUCAUUAUUGGGCUUGUGGUCACAUUGCUGUAUCUUAUUUAGCACCACUUGUUCUAUUUUGUGGACUUGAUACAAUCUAUGUGAUAAGCGUCAAACAUACCUGUGGAUUAUUUGAAAUCGUAUGUCGCAGACUAGAGACUUUAUUAAAAAGUGAAAAGGGUCAACAAUUAAGUAAACUUCCAGAUAAUCCAGACCUAGUUAUGAAAUUAAGUGAAACGAUUCAAUUACACAAUGAUACUAUUGGAUGCUGCGAUUUACUAGAAAAUUCAUUUAAUUUGUGUUUUUUGAUGGUGAAUUGUAUGAGCGUGGUCACGAUAGCCUUGACUUGUGUAUAUAUACUUUUUGUUUAUAGUGAUUUGUUCAAAUUGAUACGGAUUGUUGCUUUCUUAGUUGGCUUAAUUAUGCAUUUAUUGUACUUGAACUGGGUUGGUCAACAAAUAAUUAAUAGCAGCGAACAGGUUUUUAUAUCUGCAUAUUUUAGUGACUGGUAUUUGAUACCAAACAGUACCAAAAAAUUCAUCAACAUAAUUAUGAUUCGUUCUUUAGUACCUUGUACACUAACGUCUGGCAAACUAGCAAAUCUUUCCAUGGAAAAUUUCGGAAUUUUACUGAAAUCUGCGAUGUCGUACUUUACUGUGAUCUUAUCCUUUUAUGAAUAAAAAAGUUAAUUAAACGAUCAAAUCAUACGUUUCACAAUGAAACACAGUAGUAUUUAAUUGGGUAUUUUCUGUAAUGAACUUCUUUCAACUGUAAGUAUAAAUCGGUAUAAAUGAAAACAAAUUUUCAGAUACGAAGUAGAUUUUUAAUUCAAUAAAAAAUAUACAUUUAUUAUGUUAUGUUGUUUCAUCGUAUGAGGCAAUUCUGUUUGAUGUUUGAGUCAGGGAAAAGAACUUCCGAUGAGGAGGAUAAAACGAAGCCACGCUUAACAUGUUACUAACAAUCAGUGUAAAGAUAACAAUAAAUAUAAAUGUUUAUUAGAAUAUUUUUAACCAUUACAUUAUUACAUAAAAGCUUUAACAAUUCCGCGAAUCAUGAGUAUAUCUCGACGAAGGGAAAUUCAAUAUCUGUAUCUUUUAGAUUUUCUUGUAUUCAGUUAUUAGCUAGCUCGUUCAUUUUUGGAGAAAACAUACUAUGCCACGCUUGACUUUUUCCUUGUCGUAUAAAUGUGUCCUUCUUGAAUAUCACUUCCGCCUUAUCACGUGUAAAGUUGACCAUCUCAUUGUUUUGCAGAUUAUGAAAUGUUAAAUGGUUAACUCAUUUCUCAUACUGUUCUUCCAUGUAUGAUUUUCCUAAGAGAUUGGCGACUUGUUUCGUCGUAGCUAGUAAGUCCUGUAGACAUUUCAAUGUUUAUUCAUGCAAAUCAGUCGAAUAAAGUAUAAUUAUAUUCAGCAAUGAAUGAAAUAUUCAUUUUGCACAGUCACGUGAAUCAUUUCUUCAUAAAAUAAAAAUAAAAAGUUUGGCUCGUGUCGAUGUAGCCUAUUUAGUUCCUCCCUGUGUCAUGUAUGUCAUCGCUCCUUUAUGUGUUUGAAUCAACGACUGAACGAAACUUAUUAAAACAGAAAAUCAUGAGAAUGAAUGUUGCAACAGCAGAAUAUCUUGUAUAAAUAAGAGAAAAAUAAUACCUUAAUCAUUUUGUAAGUAGUUCCAAAACCAUUCAAAAUCACCACAAUAAUCAUAAGCUUUAACACUUUGAUGAAAAUGAUAAUAAGAUACUGGCACAUUUUUCGGAUUACGGACUACAUAAACUACCGGCAACAGAAACACAAUACACUUGGGCUCCAAACUACAUACACAGCGAAUUUUACUUUUCAAUGAGAAAUCCACAUAUUUUACAUAUGGAUUUCAAAAUAUUUGGAAUCAAACUUAGUAAAAAAAUGAGUUUUUAUAAAUCUUGAGCUUGUCAUUAGUGUUUGCCGACUCAUCUUUAUUCCUACAGAAUACGAAUGUCUUCCAUUUGUCGAUGAUAUUGCUCUCGAAGCAACUGCUAAAGAUACAAAGACUGCCAUCGGAUUAUUAGAACAUAAUCUAAAAAGUGUUAAUACUUUCCUUAAAAGAAUCAAUCUUUCCUUAUCACUUGAAAAAACUAAUACAUACACACCAAUCAUAUAUACGCUAUAUCCUCUGGAGUGCAUCCUGUCACGUAGCCUUAUGGUCCAUUAUAAGCCUAAGGUGAUGAUGUAACGAGAGCUGUUCUCGUUCCCAAGACGUUGGGGUUGGGACAUCGACCUUUUAUGCGGACAGCAUCUCUCUCUCUCUCUCUCUCUCUGCAAAGGCGACGAGUUGGUAAGUUAGCGUAUUUGAAUGGCCAUUCAAAUACCGCGAUAUUCUCCUUAAAUGUACCCGGUAUUGCAGCUUGUAAUAAUCUCAACCUCCUUGUACAUUUAACCGUUGUAUAUUUGAAACUUAAUUGUAACGUCAAUGGCUUUUCCCCCAAUUACGGGUGGGAUUUUGUAUUAAAUAUUA